GAUCAACACCACCCCGCAGACCGGCAAGAACCGCUACUGAGGCAUCGCUGGCAGUAUCACCCUCCAAAUGGGGGGAGGUUGUAUCAUCACUGCCAGUUGUGCGGCUUUCUGGACAAAGUUCUGAAAUUGGAAGUCCAAGCAGGGACUUGGGGCAACCAGCUGUACGAGAGCCUCUUGCAGUGCCCGCAGUCUUGUCUAGCAAUGAGACUCCAACACUGUGGAGUUUUGAGCCAAAGCCGCGACCAAAGGUGUCGCCAGCUCAACCAUCGGCUUCAUCUGACUUUUGGAAGACCCACGAGCAGUAUGCCAUACAAAGGUCACGCCAGUCAGGAAGGUCAGCGAACCAGAGUUCCUUGUUUGAGCCAAAGCAGAGGGAACGCCUGGAGUUGGCUCGUAGAUCUGCCUUGGAGGGGCGUGGACAGGAGCCGUCAGCACUGAACUCAUAUCUUCCUGCCAGAAGGGUCAGGCCGACAGAAUCUGCACCGAAUUCAGGAUAUGUAAAUGAUGCACCUUCGCCAUCAAGCCCUGCUGCAAAGGAUUCAGCUGACUGCGGGCCUGAUGCUUACCAUCUUUUGCAACAGCUUGCGAAGAAGCUCAAUUUAAGCGGGCCACCGCUGGACUAUUUGGCAGGUCCGUCCGAUCCAUUGGUGUCCGCUGCAAAUGGCGUCUAUCAGCAAAUGGCGUCUGCUGCAGAGCUCCCAGACGGGUCUUACAAUGCCGCUGCUGCGAACCAGUUGUUUUUUUUCAGAAAUCAAGAAACACACUGAAAAGAUUUGAAAAGAUUGGUGAAACAAUGUAGGAGACUGAUACGUUGAUCCAUAUUGGAUGGCACUUGAAACCGCCAAAUCUUUGUUUGUCAAACUUCUGAUUCAAACAAUCAUAGAGGAUUAGGAAGAGGAAGGGACUGAUGACUGGGAAGUCGUGAAUAAACUCUUGCAGUAAGAGAACCUUCAAGUAAGAGGAUGAGAUGAGAGCUCUUCAAGUAAGAGGGGAUGGCGAUGAUAGGUCACAACUGGAUGGAGCUCCCAUUAACAAAGUAUACCCAACAAGGUUUACCCAAGUGAGGCGUCUACAGACAAGAGACUGGCUUUUUGGAAAGGCGGAUGCACUGAGGCAGGACGAUAGGACUACUGUAUCAAUUCCAUAAAGGACAGGCCUCGUGGACAGAAACGGAACAUAUAGGAAGAGAAGGGGUGAGAUACCACCAAGGAUGAAGGCUUCACAAACGAACACAUUCAUACAGGAUGAGGAUGAGGUAUUCAUAAAGGCGUAGGAGUCUUGAAGGACUUUGCCUGGUAAUAGGAUGUACCCAAAUCCUUACCCUUUUUGGUUCAGCAGAGAGCUCUUGUACAGGAGGCUACUUGUCUAAGCAAGAUAAAGCAGAAAGAACACGUGUAUGAGGGCUGCAAAGACGAGUUCAAAAAGAGGGAGGCAGGUGAAGGAGAGACAUUGAGAAAGCAGGAGGCUUGGACAAAACCGGAGAUGGUGUGGUAGUGGAUACGACCAUUGAAACAUAUUGUUAUAAAGAAUGUACCUAAACUUAUUGUGCGAGGAUAUUGAUUUUCAUACUUUUGGGAUUCCAGGAAGAUGCUGGGAUUGGGUGAACCAGAGCCCGAAAAGGAACACAUAAUAACGAGGAACACAUAUAGUUAUUUUUAUUGUUGAUCGAGUUUUUGCUGGAGUUGUUUCUUCUCUUCUUGCAAAAGUGUGCAAAAACAUUGCCCAAAAGGUCCUCUAGAGUCUAGAGCGGCCCUUUCUGAUAUGGGUAAUAAAGACGUGCGUGGUCGCCUGUAGAAGUGGCUUUGUUUUGUUUGUCCGAUCACUCCACCACAGAUCUAGGCUAUAAGUGCGUUGUGAGUGCUUAUUGCUGGUGUAGAGGCAAGCUUUGGCCCCUUUCAAGCAGAUGCCAAGCCAGCUCUUGAAGACCCGGACGACAAAUGGCAAUGAGAGUGCAUGCAAUUUCCUGCAUUGUCUUUCCAUGAUGUACCUGUUUUAUUUUCAUGUGCGGUGCCUUUCAUUUUCGUUUCAUUUGCUUUAAUGUUCUGUUCAUUUCACCAAUUUUCUUGUCAAAAGCAAUGAUUUAAGAGUGACAAAAACAAGUGAACAAUUGUGCGUUAGGAGAAAAGCUAGUAAUGUCCUUGAAUGUCCUUUAAUUUCCUUUGGUUUCCUGGUUUCCCUGCAUGUUGUCUUCAUUUUCCUUUCAGGUUCCUUUCUUUGCCCUUCAAACAUCGAUAAAAACUGAGGGAAAUGAAAGGAACCAGCUCAAAACACUAUUGUUCACCCUUUUUUCAUGUUUAGCAUGCAAUUGUCUGUAGAACGCUAUUUCAACUCAAUGUUUUGUUCACUCCCAAAUCACUCAUAUGUGUUUCUCUUCCACACAGUCUGUGGGUAAGUGCGGGAAGCUUCUGGAAAUGGAGCAAGGGGCGGACAAUAAACACACUCUACCCGAGUGUGUGUGUGUGUAACCCUUGGAAUCAUAGGGAUCCUUUUGGAUCUUAGCAGGGGGGCGCAGCAGAUGCAAGGGACUGCGCCUAACAAAGCUACCUUGCAUCUGGGAAGCCAGGUCUGAUCAACCUGGUGUACCUGCUUUUGAGAACCUAAGUACGGCAAAAGCUGUCUCAUUCUUUGUUGUGCAGUAAGUGGCUAAUGCAGCGGCGA